UAUUUACUAAGAAAAAUGGACAAGGGAAACUGCUCCUCAUUAACUGAAUUCCUUCUCUUGGGAAUCACUGAUAACCCUGAAAUGAAAGUGUUUCUAUUCUUUAUAUUUAUGGUUCUUUACCUCAUUAACCUCCUCACAAAUCUUGGAAUGAUCAUUUUAAUCAGAACAGACUCCCAGCUUCACACUCCAAUGUACUUCUUCCUGAGCCACCUUUCAUUCUCUGACCUCUGCUAUUCUACAGCAGUUGGACCCAAGAUGCUGGUGGACAUAUUUGCCAACAACAAAUCAAUUCCCUUCCUUGGUUGUGCUCUGCAAUUCCUCGUUGUCUGUAUCUUCAUAGAUACUGAAUGCAUGCUGCUGGCAGUGAUGGCCUUUGAUAGGUACAAGGCCAUCAGCGACCCCUUGCGCUAUGCAGUGGACAUGUCCAGCAGGGUGUGCUCCCAAGUGCUGGUUGGGGUUUACCUGGUGGGAACAGCAGAUGGUUUGAUACAUACGAUAUUGGCAUUCCACUUAUGUUUCUGUGGAUCUAACAAGAUAAAUCAUUUCUUCUGUGAUUUACCUCCACUCUUACUCCUUUCUUGUUCUGACAUACAAGUCAAUGAGUUGGUAUUAUUUGCCCUUUUUGGAUUCAUUGAACUGAGUACCAUUUGUGGAGUCCUGGUCUCUUAUGGCUACAUCAUCUCAUCAGUCUUAAAGAUCCGCUCUGCUGAGGGGAGGCUCAAAGCUUUCUCCACCUGUGCCUCCCACUUAACUGCAGUAGCAAUUUUCCAGGGCACUAUGCUCUUCAUGUAUUUCCGGCCGAGUUCUGCCUACUACCUAGAUCAAAAUAAAAUGAGCUCACUGUUUUACAUCCUUGUGAUUCCCAUGCUGAACCCUCUGAUUUAUAGCCUACGCAACAAAGAUGUGAAAGGAGCCCUAGAGAAACUGAAAAACAGAAGGUGGUUUUAA